AUGCUUUCCUUCAAAGCCAUGGCGUGCGUAGCCUUCGGCGCCCUCCCUUCCGUCGCGAUCCGAGCUUCCAGAGACUUCGCCACAUCCAAUGAGGACUGUUGGGGCAAUUGGACCGCACCGGACACCUUGGACACCCUGAUUGCCAUCAUGACGAAAAGCAUGGAACAUCAGUGCCGAAGUGAGGUGAAAGGACUACUGGAGGGCCUCUUUGCGGAAUGUACGGAGACAGAGAGUUCUUCUGAAGAAGAGUGCCUCCACGACCUCUUUGGGUGGUUUAUUGGGGAGAACAGGCUCGGGGGACUCGCGUCCAAAUUAGCUCUGGCGCCCCAAGAGGCGAUGCUGUGGGCGGGUUUCUACGAUGGCGAUCCUCGAGGACUCAACCACACAGCCUUGCAGCGUUUUUCCAAUAUGGUGGACACGAGCAUCGUCCAUCCCAGCACCAUUCUGGGCAAAGUGGUCCAGAAGAACAACGACCUCCUUGGCUGCAGAGGCGAUCCGGGUGCAUCAACGCCUUGCUUUAAAGGAUGGCGCAUGUGGGACAAGGGUCCGGUCGUUAACUUCUGGACCGGCGCCAGCCAAGCUUUCGUGCAUGGAAUGGCUUUGAAGAAGCAGUCUUCGGUGGUGGCAGUCCUGAACAAAGGCCUCCAUCGAAUGGAAGAGUGGUCGCUCCUCGACUCUGUUUUUUGGAAUUACGAGCUCCCGACGCUGGGAGAUGAAAUAGCCGAAAUGUCGCAUUCAGACUUUCGUCCGCAGCUUCUGCUUGUCGACAUGCGGGGUACAUGCGAGAAGCUGACUCUGUGGGUGGCCGGACGACUGGAAGAUCGAGAUAUGAUUUCAGUUGGGGUUUGGUUAAGUAGGAAGCCGAUCAUCUGCUUCGACUGCGCCGAAGGCCAGUGUGACCUGGAUGAUGCUCUAGCCGCCAGAGUCCGAUCGUGCUUGGGUAUUGACGACUCUUCGUCAUCGUCCGUGUCACCCAGUUGUCCCCGGUUUGUGAAGACUCUCGGCAUGAACGAUCGUAUGAUCCUCGUCGAGGGUCCCCACUAG